GGAAGUUCCGUUGGCGGCGGGACUUCGCGCCGGAAGUCCGCCAGACCGCUCACCUCCCGGUGGGGAGGAGCAGACGAGUCGUGGGGGAAGGAGCAGACGAGUCGUGAGGGGGGGCUAGAGCGGCCGCAGGAAGAGCAGUCCCGGGGCCUACCCCUCAGUCCCACUCUCGCUUCGCCGGGCCCGUGUGCUGACUGAGCCACAGAGCUGGCAGCUCUACACCAUCGUACUGACCACCCAGACACGCCAUUGGGUGCUUCUAUUCCAAUUCCUGCAAGAUGCCAGCAGCACUUGCAGAGAACAGCCAGGUUAUCUGUGAAGUAUGGGCAAACAAUCUGGAAGAAGAGAUGAGGAAAAUUCGAGAAAUUGUUCUCAGUUACAGAUACAUUGCCAUGGACACAGAGUUUCCAGGAGUUGUGGUGAGGCCAAUUGGUGAAUUUCGGAGCUCCAUCGACUACCAGUAUCAGCUCCUCCGGUGUAACGUAGACCUCCUGAAAAUUAUCCAGCUGGGCUUAACCUUCACGAAUGAGAAAGGAGAGUAUCCUUCUGGGAUCAACACCUGGCAGUUCAAUUUCAAAUUCAAUCUAACGGAGGACAUGUACUCACAGGAUUCCAUAGAUCUCCUGGCAAAUUCUGGGCUGCAGUUCCAGAAACAUGAGGAGGAAGGGAUUGAUACCCUGCACUUCGCAGAGCUGCUCAUGACCUCAGGGGUGGUCCUCAGCGACAAUGUUAAAUGGCUCUCGUUUCACAGUGGCUACGAUUUUGGCUACAUGGUGAAAUUGCUGACAGACUCCAGACUCCCUGAGGAGGAACAUGAAUUCUUUCAUAUUUUGAACCUUUUCUUCCCAUCCAUCUAUGAUGUCAAGUACCUAAUGAAGAGCUGUAAAAACCUUAAGGGAGGUCUUCAAGAAGUUGCAGAUCAGCUGGAUUUGCAACGAAUUGGACGACAGCAUCAGGCAGGAUCGGACUCGCUGCUCACGGGAAUGGCCUUCUUCAGGAUGAAAGAGUUGUUCUUUGAGGAUUCAAUUGAUGAUGCAAAGUACUGUGGCCGGCUGUACGGCCUUGGCACAGGAGUGGCACAGAAGCAAAGUGAGGACGUGGAGUCGGCUCAAGAGAAGAUGAGCAUUCUCGCCAUUAUCAACAACAUGCAGCAGUGAGAAAUGGAGACCCGUCAGCAGGACAUGGUCCCAGAACAGCAACUGCUGUCAGAAACUUUUCCAAUUCUGCCAAACAAAAGGCAUCUACCGCAUGCAUUUGGCAGAAAGACUAGAGUUUUGAUGAAGGGGGAAAAAAAAGCAUCUUCAUUUCAAACCUAAAAGGGAGUUCUGAAUUCAUAACAAUACCAGCAUUGGUGGUUUGCCAUCUUUUUAAUACCAAGGGCAGGAGAGAGAAUCUAAAUGUGUAUACCUCCUCUUUUUUCUUUUCUUUUCUUUUUUUUUUAAAUACCAAAUCUGCAAGGAAGACUUAAAUGGAGAACAUUCAGCAGAGCUGAAGUUCUGAAAUGCCAGUGAAAUAGGACACAGCAACCUUGCAGGGCCCUUUAGGAAGCUUAUUUUAAAAUUUCUUGUGCAUGCUGUGAGGUGAUGUCUGCUCCUCAUCUUUUGCUCACUUUUAUCCCUCUGUGUCAUUUAUGUAAUGACCCUCUCAUUCACGGCAGAGCAUGGGGAACAAAGCAAAGCACCUUCUCUGCAGCAGGUGUUCAGCUCGAGCUGUCUUGCCUCCAGCCAGGAUGGCUGCAGGAUGGGUGUUUUGAACAGCUGUGCUGUACAGGGUCCCUUGGGACUGUUGUGCAAUACAAGUGUGUUACACCACUGAGCCUCGUUUUAAUUCUCAUAGUUAUGAACAGAAUAAACUGCUGAGUAGAUAUACCAGCCUGGAAGCUUGCCUCCUUCUAGAGAUUUUGUAACAGGAAUUUGGACCAAAACAGUUUCAGCCACCCAGUUUCACUUGAUGAUGUAGAAGAUCUUGUUCAUCUCACUUCAGUAUGUAGGAGUAGUUUACUAGGCAAAUAAUUAUAUUUACUUUCAUAUUGGAGUGAUGUUUAAACAGGCCUCAAAGCCACUGCAUCUCCCUUUGUAAAGAUUUGAGGAGUAUCCUAAAGAGUGGAGAUUGAAGGCUCAGGAGUCCGAUUUUUGACUAGAGGUUCUAAUACUACACAUUAUUUUUGAACAGCUCUGAAUAUGUUUCUAUAAGAAAAAAAAACCUCUUUUGAACAGCAAAUUAAACCUCUCAUUUUAAGUCUUGCAUUUUAACAAGCUUAAAUGAUUCUUGAUUGAUGUUAAACUGGUAAUUAAAAUGCUUGUAAAUACUAUGUUUUUAAUUUUGUAAAAUAAAGGUUUUGGUUUUUUUUUUACCCAGGCCCUGUUUCUGGUCUUCUGCAAAGCACCAGCUUGGCAGCUGAGCUGCUGCCCUCUCUGUGACUAACACAGGUCAUGAAGUGGCCACUUGCACUUGCAGUUUUACUCUACAGGCAAAUGCAGUAAGAGCAGUUCUAACCAAACUGAACAGUAGUGAAGCAACUGAGAUUCAUACAUCAGUUGAUGGAGCCUCAUCCUUUAAAUUAUUUAUACUGCUAUCAUCUAGCAGGUCCACCAGGCCAGCAGUUUGUUCAAGACAGUCCCCUAUGUGAAGGUUUCUUUCCAUUGAGCGGUUGGAGUAAAAGAGUAGCUGACUGAUCCAAUUCUCUUGGGAGAAAAUGCUGCUGUAAAAAUCACAAUUCAGGAUUGUGAAUCUCUAAUCUAAAUUCCUGUCUCUGGGAAAGAGAUGAGAUGCAGGCAUACUCCCAUCCUCCAUUCUUCCACUUCGUUACCUUGAUAGGAAGCCGUGCUCAGCUUGCUGGCUUCUGUGUACCCAGGCAGUGCACAGGAACUGGGCAGAAAAUCCUGUUAGGGAUUUGGACACCUAUACGUUUUGCGAGGCAGAGCUCAAGUCCCUUUGCUGUAGGUUCUUAUGCAGCAUGGCCUCAAAUUAGUCUUGCUACUAUAAAAAGCUAAUUCCGUUGCUGGUCAUCUUUAUACCUUCUGGUUCCGGCAGCAGCUCUGCUUAGCUUCUUCCUAGGCUGCUACUGCUUACAGACGCACAGCAUUGUAAAGCCACAGCUCCCUCUCCUGGUUUGCAGGCACUUUGCCGUGAAGAGCCUGGCUAUCUGGUUCUCUAUGGCCCAUCCGGAAGGGUUUAGAUGAUAGCUGUCUGAGAACUAUUCUGCAAUUCACCUUAAUCAGAAUCAGGACUAUGUUCCUACCUACUUCUGCUCUGCCAAAGCAGCUUUGAUGCGCUUUAAUCUCACUUCUUUAGGAUGGAUCAGGUCCUCUGUCUUGCUCUGCCUUUGAGGCCAGAUGACAGGUUAGAUUAGGACAUGUGCAUGCUCCUCCCAAAUUCUAUUCAUCUUCAAAGCCUUAGCUUUACCUGUAGUAUAUGUAAAUCCAUCUCUCUGAUCUCUCCAUGCCCUAAGCUGCUGUGGAUUUCUGCUCUGCAGCACUUUCCUCUCAAUGUUUAAAAUAAAGCUUGUGUCUAGGUUUCAGCUCAAUUUACAAGGGUUACUUGACUUUGACCGGCACAGCCCACUUUUGCUUCCUAUCCUCUUUACCUGGGCAAACUCAAGGCUGCUGCUGCUGAGUUUAUGGGCAUGACAACAUUUUGCACCUUCCAGGGGGAGCUGACAAUUCAAAUGAGGAAAACCAAACAACAGGACCCCUUCCAGAAGCAGGCUUCCGGCUGUACUGUUGUUUCAUGAAGAACGGAACCAGUCCUUAGUGGGUUCAUUUUUCUAACAUUUUGUGAAGACUGCUAGUGUCUCCAACUGCACACAAUUAAGACCUU